AUGGUCGCCAUUCCAUCCUGGGCCGUUAAGGCAGGCUGCUACUUGGGCCUUUUAACUUGUAGCACUGCCCCAGGUGUUUUCCCACAGACAGAGCCUUCUAUCAUUGCUUACAGUCCCCCGAGACUAGCCGUGACCAAGACUACUGCUCUUCCUACUACCAUCAAGUCUACUUCUACGACUUCUACCAUCAAGUCAACUUCCACCACUUCUACUUCUACCACCAAGUCUACCUCUACUUCGACUUCUACUACCAAGUCCACUACUAGUACUUCUACUUCUACUUCUACUUCUACUUCUACGUCGACUACCACCACCGUGCCUACGGUCAUUACAGUGUCCACUUCUUCUUCCACCAUGUCUACUUCUAUUUCAACUACUGCGGCUACUGCCACGGCGUCUGCUGCGGCAACCGCACAGGCCAUUGCAGCCAACAUCCUGGUCAUUGCUAAGGACAGCACCUCUGCUGGCACUGCCACAUCUGGUCUGAAUGCCUACGGUAUUCCAUUUACCACUCUAAUAGUUCCCCAGGCUGGUGUUGCCCUCCCUGCCCUCAACAGCAGCUCCGGUGGUAACUUCGGUGGUAUCGUCAUUGCCUCUGAAGUCAGCUAUGACUAUGGUACUGCUGGAUACCAGAGUGCUCUGACUACUGACCAAUGGAACCAGCUGUACGCUUACCAGCUUUCUUAUGGUGUCCGUAUGGUCCAGUACGAUGUCUACCCCGGCCCCAACUUCGGCGCUACUGUUGUCGGCACUGGCUGCUGCGCAACUGGUGUUGAACAGGAUAUUUACUUUACCGAUGUUAGUGACUUCCCCACUGCUGGCCUGCGAACCGGUGCCAGUGCUGGUGUCAGUACUUCUGGUUUGUGGCACUACUCGGCAACUGUUGCCAACACUACCUCCACCAAGGCCAUUGCUUCCUUUGCUGCCAACAGCGUUGUUGAUAGCAUCUCUGUUGCUGCUGUCAUCAGCAACUUUGAUGGUCGUCAGCAGAUGGCUUUCUUCAUUGGCUUUGAUACCACUUGGAGUGCUACCUCCAGCUACUUGCAGCACGCAUGGAUCAACUGGAUUACUCAUGGUCUUCACGCUGGAUGGCGUCGUGUCAACCUCAACACCCAGAUCGAUGAUAUGAUGCUGGAGACUGAUAUCUACUAUCCUAGUGGCAACACCUUCCGUAUUACCGUCGAUGAUAUGAGCGGAGUCCGUGAUUGGAUCCCUGUCAUUACCAAGAAGAUGAACCCCGGCAGCUUGUACUUCCCCGAGGUUGGCUUCAACGGAAACGGUAACAUUGAGAACUCUUCCAACACCGAUGCUGGCUACACUGCUUGCAACAACGGCGGUAUUGAAUACGAUGGUCCUGCCGACACUGCCCUUGAGUUCCAGAAGCCCCUUGGCACCGGUUCCAACCUUUGGCCUGCCACCCCGACUGCCUUCAACUGGGCUGCUAAGUGCUUGAACCUCGACCCUCUCCUCAACUGGUGGACUACCGUUUCCAACCGCGAUGUCUUCGGUCUUAUCUCCCAUACCUUUACCCAUGAGGAGCAAGACAAUGCUACUUACUUCGAUAUCAACCGUGAGAUCAGCUUCAACCAGCAGUGGUUCAAACAAGUUGGUCUUGACCAGGCCAAGUACUGGACUUCCAAUGGUAUCAUUCCUCCUGCCAUUACUGGUCUGCACAACGGAGACGCUCUCCAGGCCUGGUGGGACAAUGGUAUCAAGAACUGCGUCGGUGACAACACUCGUCCCGUUCUCCUCAACACCGAGAACGCCAUGUGGCCCUACUUCACCAAGAAGUCCACUGAUGGAUUUGACGGUAUGCAAGUCAACCCUCGCUGGGCCACUCGCAUUUACUACAACUGCGACACCCCUGCCUGCACUCUCACUGAGUGGAUUGCUACCUCCGCUGGUACUGGUGAUUUUGACAACCUGCUCGCUACUGAGAAGGCUGACACAAUGCGCCACUUCUUCGGCCUCUACCACGACCCCUACAUGUUUCACCAAGCCAACCUGCGCAACUUCGGUCUUCCCCUUGUCACUAUCAACGGUAUUUCUGGCCAGUACUCCAUCUUCCAGGCUUGGGUCGAGACCCAGGUCCAGGAGUUCGUUCGUCUUGCUACCUGGCCUUUGGUUACCAUAACCCAACAGCAAAUGUCCGCCCAGUUCUUGGCCCGUUACACUCGUGAUGCUUGUGGCUACACCCUGACCUGGCAAACAAACGGCAAGCAGAUCACCGGUGUCACUGUUGGCGCUACUGGCAACACCUGCAGCACUCCCAUCCCCGUUACAUUCCCCGGUACUGUUACAAACACCCAGGGUUUCACCACUGAGCAGCUUGGUAGCGACCCCCUUACUAUCUGGGUCACCCUCUCCGGUUCUCCCGUUUCCUUCACUCUCACUACCCCUAUCACUUUGUAA